AUGGGACCUCUUGAUCCACACUCUGGCAUGGAUCAACUCAACCCUUUUACUUUGAUUAAGCCCCCGCAGCCUCCAAUGGACUCGUCAGCGCGGCACGCGCUGGCCGGAGGCUGCCCCGGUACAUGUGUCUGUGCGGGCACGGACGCCGUGUGCAAUGACCAGGGCAUCGCCUCCCUGCGCUACAUGAUGGAUCAGCUGCCCCGAGACAUCUGCGUCCUCCAGCUCUCAAGAAACAACCUCAGCGCUCUGGAGCCGGGGGUCUUCUCCAGCAUAGCCAGCCUGCAGAGCCUCGACCUCUCCAGCAACAACAUCUCCGUGCUGCACGUCAGGGCCUUCGCUAAUCUAAGCCGGCUCGAGCGGCUGGACCUCUCCAGCAACCCCGUGCUCAGCUUGCCAGUGGGCAUCUUCGGCGAGCUGGGGAGACUGACCGAGCUGGUCCUGAGCGACACCAGCCUGCGCGCUCUCGGCGCUGACCUCUUCCAGGGCCUGACGCAGCUACGGCGCCUGGACCUGUCCCUCAACAGACUGACCGCGCUGCCCCGGGGGCUGCUGGGAGGGCUCCAGGAGCUGACCUGGCUCUCGCUGGCCGCCAACGGCCUGCGCAGCGUGCAGCGGGCCCAGUUUGAGCCCCUGGCGGAGCUGCAGAGCCUCCUGCUGGUGGGCAACCCCUGGGAGUGCGACUGCACCCUGGUGGAGUUCAAGCACUGGCUGGAGUGGAUGCUCUACAGGGGGGGACAGGUGGACGCUCUGGAGUGCAGUCUGCCCAAAGAGCUCUGGGGCCGAGACAUACGGGCAGUCCCCGCCGAAAUGUUCAGCCACUGCACGCGCGACAGCUCCCUGCCCUGCUCCAGGGCCGCAGAUGGCCAGGAGCCGGGGGGCGACGACGGGGCCGGCGACUGCGUGCGCCAGCGCUACCGGGCGGUGAGCGUGCGGCGGGCGGCGGCCACGGUGGUGGUGGCGGGCGUGGUGUGCGGCGUGGUGUGCGUCAUGAUGGUGGUGGCCGCCACCUACGGCUGCGUCUACGCCUCGCUGGCCGCCAAGUACCAGAGGGAGAAGAAGGGCAAGGCGCACAAGCCGCCCGCGGACGGCGGCGAGGAGAAGGACCCGGAGCAGGAGGAGAAGAGCGAGCUCUUGCCCGACGUGGCGCGGGAGACGGAGGUGCCCACGCCCACUGUUGAGGUGGUGUUGUCACGAGAGGUGUGUGUCUGA